GGAGGGAGGACAGACUUGUUCCUCUUUAAGAGACCAGACACCUAAAGUCCCCACAAAGAUAGCCACUGUACGGACAGCUUAGUUCAUAGGGAGACACAAGAAACUCAUACUUUUCUAGAUACAGACUCUCGCACUGCAUACAUGGGUAUCCAUGGAGCCAAGCCUCAGAAACAAGCGCAGGUCCUGAUGCUGGGCCUGGAUGGCUCAGGAAAGUCCACCCUGCUCUACAAACUCAAGUACAACGAGAGCGUGAAGACCGUGCCGACUGUGGGAUUUAACGUGGAGACGCUGGAAACAGACAGAAGAAGCCCAGGACUGACGGUGUGGGAUGUUGGAGGUCAGAAGAAGAUGAGGCCCAACUGGAAGUAUCUUUAUCCUGACACGGCUGGACUGGUGUUUGUGGUAGACAGCUGGGAUGAGAGGCGACUGGACGAGGCCCGCAACGAACUGCAUCGGGUCCUGAGAAACAAGAGUCUCACAGUCAUUCCUCUUGUGAUUCUGGCCAACAAACAGGACCUUCCACAUGCUUUAAGCCCACAGACACUCUGCCUGAAACUAGACUUGCAAAGAGUAUGUGAUGGCAGGGCUUGGUUCAUCCAGCCAUGUUCAGCCACCACAGGGAUGGGACUAGAAGAAGGUUUCAGGAGAAUGCUUUACCUGAUGAAGACUCCAUUGAGACAGACUAAAGAGGACCUUAAAGUUAAAAUGAAGUCAAAAGGCUUCAGCUUCACCACAGCAAAAAAAAUAUUGCUCUGUGGGAGCUGAAGGAUCAUUUUUUUUAUUUUAUCUUUGCCAUAUUUAUGAGUUAUCCAUGCCUUUGUGUGCAGUUCAUCAGCAGAUUCUAACUAAAGCAUAUCUGAAGUCAAAAGAUGAUACAAACACAACAAUUACGAGUUGAUGUGUGUGGUACAACUUCUCAGGAAUCAUGGAGGGAGCAGUGUGUCUUUGGCUGGUGAUAAAAAAAACCACAAUGAUUUUGAGAAAACAAUCACAAGCUGUCAUAAGCAGCCUCCAUGUUUGACAUCAUUCAAAUAUUUUUCAGACUGUACAUAUAAACUGAUAAAUAAUUUUUAUUUAAACAUUCCCAUGGCUAAUUGAAUGUUUUCUAAUUUUCAUUACCAGCAAUAAUGCAAGACAAUGUAUAAGCUGUAUAUUCAUUUGAAACAGGACUGACAGAAUGUACUGAUAUGUUAAAUUGGAAAGACUAUCUCCAUAAACCUAAAUAUUUUCAACCUCCUAAAGCCUGUAGAUUGAUUCUGUAUGGAUUAUUGAUUUCUCCUGGCUAUUUGGAAUGUAUAGAAAGGGAUUGUCUUUGAAAAGAAAAUGGUUUCUGAGGAAAAUAUUUCCAAGCAUGGAUCAUUAGUUUAUUUGAAUGAGUCACAUGAAUUAAUUCCUCCACUGUAUGGUUUUAAUGUACCUGGGUAAAUUUCCCAAUUUGUCAACUGCUGUCAAACUUUGCAUAUGUGCAUCUGCUGAUGUUGCUGAUCUUGUAUUGUUUUGUCUGUUGCACUGAAAUAAAACGAUGUGGAGUUGAAUAAGGUGGAAUAAAUAAACACCAAAAGGGGUAUUUACUCUUUACCUGUAUAACAGCUGCAAUAAAAAAAA